AUGGGAUUUGAGUUGGAUCGGUUUAAAGGGGCUGUGGACCCAGAUUUUAAAUGUAAUUUGUGUAAUAAAGUUCUAGAAGACCCGCUCACUACUCCGUGUGGUCACGUCUUCUGCGCUGGCUGUGUGCUGCCUUGGGUUGUCCAGCAAAGCAGCUGCCCCGUCAAAUGUCAAAGGAUCUCCACGAAAGAGCUAAACCACGUUCUCCCUCUGAAAAACCUGAUUAUGAAGCUGGACAUAAAGUGUGACAAUCAUGCCAGAGGCUGUGAAAAAGUGGUAAAGCUGCAACAUCUGACAGAGCACACCGAGAUGUGCGAUUACUCGCCGGCCAAAUGCAGGAAUAAAGGAUGCAACGAGGUGCUCAAUCUGAAGGACAUGGAUGCCCAUAUGCGCGAAUCGUGUGAUUGCAGACCGGUCGGGAUAUGCGAAAAUGGAUGUGGAUUGAUGCUCACCCACAAAGAGCAAAAACUAGACACCCAUUGCUGUUUGAAAGCCUUGAAAGCACAUAAUAGUGCAUUGCACGUGAAGGUGGUCAGUUUGGACAAAGAGUUCAAGAAGCAAUCUUUGAAAUCGAGCAAAAGAGAGAAAUCACUUCUUGCUCAACUCUCUGCUGUGCAUAAUGAGCUACAAAUGACAGCACUGAAGUAUCAGAAGAAAUUCACUGAAUACAGUGCAAGGAUCGACUCGCUGACUAAGACCCUUGCUCCCCCGUGCAAGGUAAGUUAGUUUCAAAUUACAGAACGUGUGGCUAUGGAAUUUCUAAUGCUGUUAGUUACUUUGUGAUUGGCCAUGGUUCGAUUGUGUGUUACUUUGUAUCUCUUCUGCGCGCGUACUGUCAUUCUUUUCACAUCUGGACUUCGAGCGCUACUUUGUUCCAUGUUCCGUUACUUAUCAGAGUUUGUAUUAUUAAUCAAUGGAAAACUUUAGAGGUCCGAUGUCUACAAGCCCUUGACCAGACAGACUUGGAGUCUCCUGUGGUCAAACACGGUUUCAUUAGUCUACUAUUUCAUGGCGUUUAAUGUGAUUUCCAACGACUAAGUACUUGUAGGGGCCAAGUAAUGGUCAGAAGUGUUUAUUCUCCUCAGCUUGCCAUACGUGUAUGUCUGUCAGCUGCACUUACAGCCAGCUGGCAGUCUGGGGGAGGGGCAAAUAUUUACUAUUGUUCUGUACACACCGAGACUCAGGUCACAAUUACCUCCGCGAACCUCUUCAGGGUUGUUUGGGACUUUCUGUCUGCAGAUGUUGCAAGAGACUGUCCUAUUGUAAUAACAGCAUAAUAAAAAUGAUGUUGAGAUAAUAAUUAUAAUAAUAAUUUAAUUGAUUUCGAUUGACUAGUAUUGUAUUUUGUCAUUAAUCCAUUAAAACAUAAAUUAAUAUGUGAUAGGCUGUAUUAAUUAUUAAAUAUAUAUCACAUAUUUAUAGUCGGUGCUUGGUUUUUGCCAUGUUCUAUAGCCAACUCAACACACUGGAUAAAAAUGGAUAUAGGCCUCUCUUCUGGUCAGCUAGGGAGUGGUUGAAAUGUUUAUGAUGUUGUGUAAGUCCACAUUAACCCAUAGUGGCAGAGCAGGCAAUGUAAGGUACAGUAGUACAAGGCUACAAGCAUUCUGAAUUUAAGGUAACAGAGAGACAUGUUAGUAGUGGGACAUGUUUUGUCCCUUACCUAGUGUUAUUGUGUUUUCUCCCCAUGUUUUUACACUCUUUCAAAAUGUGUGCUGCACCUCACUACCACACUAUUACUAGAUACCACUAUCAGCUAUUAUGACUAACAUGUUUUUUUCAGCCUGGUAGCAGAAAGAGUAAACACUUUCAACACAGAUUCAGGUUACUUAUUUAGUUUAUCUAUUCAACCCUCUGAAAUGACUGCACUGUACAAACUCAGUUAAAGAGGAUGAACAAAGAAAGUUGUGCUCCUCCUUGAAGCUCUAAUCCCAGGAAACAUCUCCAAAGGUAUAAUUUCUCAAAUUAUCCAUGAAAGAAAAAGAGGAAGCCAGAAAAAAAUCAUAAUGUGGAUGAUGUGGUUAGAUUAAAGGAUUUUUCUCUUCAGAUUUCUUCUUCAGAUUCAGUUAAGCACUAUGGACAGGAUUGCUUGGUGGAGAACUUCAGUGCACAUGUGGCAGUAUCAAAUGGAAAGACACAAGUGGAAUUAACUGUUGCAGGCGGGCAAUUUGGUGACUGUCGCUGCAUUGCAAAUCUUAGAGAGCCAGCGUCUAUGUUUCUUCUGGGGCUAGUUCAGGUCAUGUGUUAUCAGAUCCUGUGAAAUGUAUGACUUAUUUCAGAUUCAGGGUGACAUAUUUGCUCCCCAAGCCACUGCCAAAUAUCAGUGGUGACAGUGACGGGUAACCUCCUUUGACUGCUGGGUUUGGAGCACGGAAUCUCAGCCACUUUUUUUUUAAGAACAGUAAAACAUGGCAUAGCCCAGGUUUCCAGUAUUGCUAUUCGCUUGGCUUCUGAUGUACAGAAUUUAACAGAAUAAGUAGACUGGCUAAGAAUGACUGAGCUGGAUAUGGGAAUGUGGUCUUUCUCCUUGGUCCUGUCGUAAAUAAGGCUACAUACUGUAGGUUAGGUGACUGAGAAGCAAGAUCAACACUGUCUGCGAUGAUUGGCGUCUGUUUGCGGGAUUAGUACCUUUCUGGCAUGACAUGCUUACCCAACUGGUUUUAGAAGUCCUCAGUCCUCCUUACACAUUGUCUUGGUUACUCAGCUCGGACAGAUCUAGGAUAUCCUUACAACAUCUAAAAGGUAGGGGCAAUUUGUAUUUAUUUAACUAGGCAAGUCAGUUAAGAACAAAUUCUUUUUUACAAUGAUGGCCAACACCAGCCAAACCUGGACGACGCUGGACAUUUCACAUUCUUAAAAUAAAGUGGUGAUCCUAACUGACCUAAGACAGGGAAUUAUUACUAGGAUUAAAUGUCAGGAAUUGUGAAAAACUGAGUUUAAAUGUAUUUGGCUUGGGUGUAUGUAAACCUCCGACUUCAACUGUAUGUCAAAGAAAAACCAGUGAUUGCAAAGUUAAUCAAACCAUACAACUCUAUGCACAAGGACUACUUUUAACAAUUUCCACAGAACAUUUUCAAAAAACACAUGAACUUGAAGAACAGUGCAGGUGCAAAGUUUGGUAACAGAAUGACGGUUUGUGCUGUUUGAACCGUCAUUCUGUUACCAAACUUUGCAUCCGCACUGUUCUUGAAGUAAAUGUGUUUUUAGAAAAUGUUGUGUCUCAGUGUCACUCUGUUACUGUGAAAUUGUCCAUAUGCCAUUAUCCAUUUAGUAAAUAGCCAAUAGUUGUAUUUAAAUGUGGAACUCUGUUCACAUGCAUCUACACAACUUGGUCCAGCAGCAGUGCACAUUCUUCCAUGGCAUACACUCUGUACCCUAUCCUGUAGCCUAUAUGGUAGCCAGACUCAGUGAUGACACUGUACAUACUGUUAAUAUUUGCUUUUAUAUUUAGUCCCUGUAUGCUAUGGCAUACUCCAUACUGGGAUGACAGCUGACAUGAUGUUCCCAGUCCCACCCCCUGACUGUCCCUCUAAAAAGGUGGAAAGCUGACUGCACUGGUUUCCCAGCGUUCCACUUGUCAUCCCUUCAUUGACAGAGAAGUCUACUGGUGUAUUAAUACACAUAGCAAACGUCUUCUGGAGCGAGAGAAGGAAAAGGCAUUAACCCUUACUUGAACCAGUCACUUAACAGCUCUUUCUCAGAGAGCUAGCUAAGCCACAGCGAAUCAUGUUGUAGAUCCACACCAGUGAUGUACUAAAAUGUGAGAACAGGUGACUCUUUACCCCCUGCUACCAGCCAUGUUGGUUACGGUGAUACUUUUUACAUAUCCAUUUACGGUGUAUGGAGUAGCCUUGGUUUCUACCCUUUUUACCUCAGGCUAUUUCUAAACCUAAAAAUACUCCAUUGACUUCAUAGGUUUGUUCAGUCCUUUCUACUGUGUCGUUCAGAGUUAUUUUUGUGUCGUUUUGAAGUGAAAAUAAGCUCCAGUUCUCUAUCGCUCAGGGAGGUGGUGUCAUUGAUUUGUUCAAUCAUUUAUGUUAUUCAGUGAUAUUUGUUAAUUCACUUCCUGUCCUCUUUCUGUCUGUGUCUGUCCACAGGGUGGGGAGACCAAAAACGUCACAGCCAUCCUUCAUCGGGAGGGCGGUUCUCUGGGCUUCAACAUUGUGGGAGGAAGACCAUGUGCGGUAGGUUACAAGUGGAAUCUCUGCUGUUACUGUUUUAUCUCGUUGAUGGUCAGCCAAAUGUCAUAUGGGAAAUCAGGAAUGGAGGCACAUACUUGAACCACGAUAAAUUAUAAUUUGGUGUUUUACCCCUUUACUGACAUAGACAAAGCUUAGACAGUAAUACACUGUGCAAGUUUCUCUCUUAAGCCUAUGUGGAUGGACCGCAUCAGACAAGUUUUUAGUGUGUUAGUAUAUUGGUUGGGUUUGCGGAUUUGGUUUUUCAGAUAAAAACUAUAAUUACUUUAUAUGAGGGUUAAAUGAAGGAUUAUGACUGUGCCUACAGUUUUUUUGUCUUUAAUUGAGGGGACUGUGAUGACAUGGUAAACACAGACCAGGUGUGAAAUGGGUCCUCUGCCCUGGGCUCAUAACCCUUUACGACCUCUGUAUUUGCUGUCUCACAGACAAUCAUUAAUGAUUCCAUGGAGUCCUCUGAUAAGAGUGCCAUUGUUGAAAAUAUCACUGCUGAACUGGGAUCCAAGCGCAUAUUCACAAAGAUUCUUAGAGUAGGAGUGCUGAUAUAGGAUCAGUUUCGCCUUUCUAGAUGAUAAUGAAUAGAAUUAUAUGGACAGGAUGGACCUGAUCCAAGAUCGGCACUCCUACUCCGAGAUACUUAAAAAAUUCAGGCUCAGAGCUCAGUUAGAACUGGGUCUCCCAUACAUGGAGCAUCUCUCUCUCUCUCUCUCUCUCUCUCUGUACAAAACGGGUGCCAUUGAAAUGGUGUUCGCAGUAUAUGUUUCACUGGGAAGAAUGUGUGCCAAAGGGUUCCACUCAGGGUUGUUUUUCUGGGUUUCAUUACAAUAGCUAUAGUGACGCACUUUGCUGUAGCGACGUGGAUUAUUACAGAAAAACAUUUUACAGCAGGAAACUAUAAAAAGGACCAAACAUCCGAAGCAUAUUUUUUUUCUUAAUUUCAUGGUCUUGUAGAUUUGUAUCCUUUCCCGUUCCCUUGACAGAACUAUACAUCAAGCUCAACCCAAGGAGAGUCCAGAGGAUACAGUCAACUUUUGCUCGCAGUGUUUUUAAGGCACCGGAUGAAUUCAUAAAGAGGUCACCAAAUCCUCCACAAGAAACUAUUGAUUUGAAUGGAAAUAACAAAAAGAGGCCCUGCAGCUUUUGACACAUGGCAUUUUCAUCCUUGACUGGGGUUGAUGCGAUGGGGAGGCCGGGUUGUGUUGGGCGCCAGGCUAACUAUGAUUAAGGGCUGGCCUUUGUAGACAAUGGAGGGUCUAAGUGCUGGGGAUGCAUGGCAAAGCAUCAGGCCUCUCACACUGCCCUGUUGUGACAUUCCCUUGCCACUCCGGGCCAUUUUUUGGGGCAUCGUGUUGGUUUCACAGUAAACACUGCACUGUGAUGAGCUUGGAAAAAAGAGGAAACAGACCUGAAAUAAUUCAUUACAGCAUUCACAGCUUGACUUCUGAGGUUUCUUUAAGUAUUCCAUUAAAAUUUAGCACAGUAUCUCACGACUUGGCAGAGGCGCGGGUUGGUUUGAUGUGGUUUUAAGAGAGAGCUGAGAGGGAUGUUGGCAGUGGCUUUAUUAAGCCAAUCAUAGCUUUUACAGCUCAGGGGUCACAGCCUCACUGAUGGACGCAGAGUGUAUCCAUCCAACACAUCCAUUCAACAUUUAGCCCCUCUAAGGGGCUGGGUCGCAGUCACACUCUCCAGCCCUGGGAAACAUGUCAACUGGCAGGCCAUUUUGGCACUGGGGCUGUGUGGAGCAUAACAUUAAGCCCUGUGUAAUGUGCACCUGCAACCACUAGCGAGUCACUGCAGGAUGUUGAGCCCUGCGGUUAAUCGCUGGGUUAACCAGGCUACGUUGAUGACUGCAGUUGUGUUCAUAUGUGACUGCAGGGUGUCUCUGACCCUGAUUGGUGAGAAUGGGUAAUGGGAAAACCAUUUAGAAUUGUCUGCAUAAUAUCCUCAGGACUUUUGGAAGUGGGUUAGGCAGUUUUAGCAAGAGACUUGUUUAAUAGUUGAAAGAUAGUAUUUUUGCUGAAGAAUUUGAAGUCAAUUAUCAUGAAUUGUAGUUUCAUAUUUUUUUAUGUAGUCAUUUUCAAAUGUUACAAUUAUUUCUUAUCCAAUUUGAUCAAUGUGUAAUCUGAGAUGAUCAGAUAUUGGGUCAUUAACGUGAUAGUUUCUCCCACAGGACGACCAUGAUGGCACUUCGAAUGAAGGGAUCUUUGUAUCUAAGAUCGUUGAGAAUGGACCAGCAGACAAGGAGGGAGGCCUUCAGAUCCACGACAGAAUAAUGGAGGUAUGUGACCUUCUGUAG